AUGACCGACGAGUGCCAGGAACCCACUGAAUACGAAUACUCGAACUACCAUGUCAAGUGGCUCGGGAAAAACUACAAGCUAGGCGAUCCAACGCAUGGAACGGUCCUGGAUGCGGAUCUCGAAGACCUUGCUAGGGAGGAGCAUCUUCGUGCGAAGGAAACGAUACACGGCCAAUCUAUGAGAAGUGCCCGGGCCCUCUGUGCCUUUCAUGGUUAUGGAAGAAACUCUGUGUGGCCACCAGUUGACCCUGGAAGGCCCACCGAAGAGCUUUUGGAAGAAUUGAGGCAUGUCAACCAGUUUGUUCAAUCGGAAUGGUCGAGAUUGAAUGAAAUCGUAGUCGGCAAAGAGCGAGAGAUCCAGGAGAUCAUCAUAAACCUCACUGAUGGAAAAGUCAGAGACCGGAAUGGGAAGAAUCUAUGCAUUCAAGACUGCCUGGAGAAAAGCUGGGAAGAGACCAGAAAUGUGUUCAAUGCCGAAUAUACCAGAAGCCGUUCAAAGUCAAGGCCCGCUCAGAUGGAGAGUGAUUUCAGCCUGGAUCCUGAAGGCUAUAUCAACCCCAACCAUUCAAGUGAUCUCGACGAGUUUGCCCAUGAAUAUCUCCGCAACAUCAGAGUCAACUUCCACUGGAUGAACAACGGUGAACCGAAGAUACUCGAGGAAAAGAGACAGUACGCACUCUAUCGCAGUACGGCCAACUAUCGCGACGACAGGAAGGCUAUGGAAGACGCUAUCAUGGACGAUGUCGAGUUCCGAAAUUUGAGGAAACCGAGUCCAGACCCUGCAGCAGACGCCUCUGAACUAGCCGGGUAUAAAUUGGAAGUAGAAGAUGCACUGCGAAAGCAAAGAGCUCAUUUCUUGGUCUCGCACAUCAACAAGGAAGAUCUUUCUAUCCCACUCAAUAUGCUCAUGUUCAUCCACUAUCGGGCCCGACUUCACCCAAUUGACUUUGCUUUUCCAAGAUAA